AUGAUGGAAUGCGAAAGAAAACCACGAAUAAUUGUUCAGGGUGGUAUGUAUACUGAUUUGGAAUCUGGUGAUCGAGAAGAGUUCAUGGACGCGCUGAAAGGAGCUGCGAGGAAUGGAUAUGAUGUUCUGAAAGUAAGAUAUUGUAGACCUUAUAGAGUAAUUAAUUUUCCUGGUGUAAAUUUCCGGCAAAUUUACUGUCAGUGUAUCCACUAAUCACAUAUUGUGAGAAAGCGAUACCUAUGCUGCAGAAAUUUACCAUUAGCAACUUCAGGAUGUCAAAAGUGUACAUUAUAUAUAUAGGGUGUCUGAGAUCUUCUUGCUCGACAAAAGGACGUGCUCGCCAAUCAAUCCGUUAUGGAAUUCGUAAACUUUCCUAUCUUUACUUCAGAUGACUUCAACUGCUUUGCCCGAUAAACAGCUCAACACUAUGAGGCAGUGGCGUGCCGGGCACUACUGUUCUGGGGGGGGGGGGGCAGUAAGCUGUCAACCAAUAUGCGCCCCUAUAAUGUUAUGCUUGAUAAACGAGGGCCGAAGGCACGAGCAGCGUCGCAUGUGCGAGGUUUGUUUAGGGGUCUCUAAAAUGCCAUUUACUGGACUUCGGGAGAAGAUUUGACAGAAAUCUGAUGGUCAAGAAACGGCAUUAUAACGUGUCGAAAUUUGCAAUUUGGUUAGAAUUUAGUAGUAGUACUUAUUUUUGGCAAUGCAACUACUUCCAGCGAUUAAUUUAAUCCCAAUACUAUUAUUUACUGAUCUAGUUAUCUCAAUACAGUACAUUUACAACUUGCAGCUCUUUUAUACAAUAACGCACGCAUAUGCAUUUUAAGGUUACCUUGCCUGGCUGCGAAAAGGGCGCGUUUCAGCAUUAUUUCCUUACUUACAUUACUCAUGAUGUUUCUUGCGCAAAUAACUAAACUGCGUACACAACUUUACAUUAUCAUAACUUCAACUAUCUAAUGUGCGCCGCUAUUUUGAUUCGUGAGGCAUAAUAAAGGGCAUAAUAUGAGCAAUAAAGGGCAUGCAUGUAAUCGCUUCGAAACCUCACCAAUAUUCCGGUAAUAAGACAUUGCGUGUGAUCACUGAUCAUGUUUCUAUAUGAAUAAUUUCGUGUGAGCCGUGAGGUAGCAAAUUAGCAAAUACGGUCAGACAAAAUUGUCUGCAAUUUAAUAUAUCAGUUUGUUGCCUAUGCGCUUAGUCUGUUUAUAAGCCUAUAAACACAUCUUUUCCUGGCGGUAGUAACUAUACUUUUUCGAACGCGUUUUUUCGCACCCACUUUGAAAAUUCGGCGCGGGAUCGGCGCCCUCUUUUCAUUUUUGCGCCCCCAGCCAAGAAUUUUCAGCUGAGGGGACCUUGCUCCCCUGCCCCCCACCCUGCCAGCACGCCACUGCUAUGAGGCAAAAUGUUCCCUAGUACCAUGCCUUUGGAAGGCUAUAGAGAACAGUGUUGGAAGCGUGUUGUUUUUACAACAAGAAAAUUAACUUCCAUUGCACAUGCUGAAGCGUAAACGAAAAUUCCUAUCUUUAUAGAUCAUUCAAUUUAGCUUUCUAAUAGGGACACAUAUAUGCGACAACAUGGAUAUCAUAUAGCUUUGCUAUUAAAUAUAUGCGCAACCUUCUGAUAAAUUCUAGCUCACAAUGACAAGUAUUUUAAAGAAGAGAUUUAACGAAAAUCCUCAACUUUUUCAGCUAUUGCAUUAUUUUGCAGUUAUAUAAAUGUUUAUAAUCAGUACAUCGAUGCAUUUUAAUUCCUGUGCAUGCAUUUAUACAAUUCUCAUAAUUGCAGUCCAUUUUUCUCUGUUCAAGUGAAUCAUUGCGAAAAGUAUUGUGAGCUUUCGUGUUAAAAGCAAAUUUAGAAGAAAAUAAAACCGCAAGAUGUUCUGCAUUGAUAACAUGUACAAUGAUAUUAUUAGAAUAUUGAACAAAAUCUCGUUAUUUACAAAAUAUAACCAUUAUUUUAAUUCUCUUGGAAUCACUAGGAUAAUGGUACAGCUGUUGAUGCGGUGGAAAAAGCUGUUCGUGGUUUGGAGGAAAAUGGGCGUUUUAACGCAGGCCGUGGAUCAUAUAAAACUGAUAAAGGGCAAGUGGAAUGUGAUGCAAUGAUUAUGGAUGGGCACAAAGUGGAUGCAGGUAGUUUAAUUUCAUAUCGGAAUUUCAUUAUGAUUUUUCAUUCUUUCAACAUCAGGCGUUUCAAAUUUGGAAACCCAUGCAUGUAUUAACAUGGAAAUAUAUAUUUUUUCAGAGCAAUAUUACGAAAAAUAA